AUGGCGGCUCCGCGCAGGAAUGAGAAAGAGGAUGCCGUGCUAGACACCGGGGCGGAGAGCGACGAGGACGUGUUUCACGAUGCGCGUUUUCCUGAGGAGGAAGAAGCAAAGCUUCUGAAGGAAUCCCACGAAAUCAAAGCCGAGGCAAAUGGUCUCUUCACGUCUGCAUGUUAUGACCAAGCUAUUUCCACCUAUGACCGCGCGUUAGCAACCUGUCCCAACUACCUCGAUUACGAUGUUGCUGUACUUCGCUGCAAUAUCGCCGCCUGCUAUCUGAAACUGGCCGACUGGAAGUCUGCCGUAGACUCUGCAACGGCAUCUCUCGACCGCCUCGAGAAGCUUGUUCCCUCAUCGCCCCUCAACGAUAAGGCCCCGGCCGAAUCAGAGCACGCGAAACCCACGACCAACGAUACCCAAGGACCGGAAGCUGUGGUCGAGAUAUUGGACGAUGAUGCUGAGGAGACAGAGGAACAGCAGCUGAAACGCCUCAAAGAGCAGGACGAGCUACGGACGAAUGUUCAGCGAAUUCGAGCCAAAGCCCUGAUGCGCCGUGCGAAAGCGAAAUCGCAGAUGGGCGGCUGGGCUAAUCUCCAAGGCGCCGCGGAAGACUAUCAGCUACUCAACGCGAUGACUCUUCCCCCCGAUGAGACGCGCAUCGUCCGCCGGGCGCUAGCUGAGCUUCCUGAACGGAUCAAAGAAGCUCGGGAAAAGGAGAUGGGCGAGAUGAUGUCAAAAAUGAAAGAUCUGGGAAAUGGGUUCCUUAAGCCAUUUGGAUUGUCGACAGACAACUUUAAAUUCGUGCAGGACCCCAAGACAGGCGGAUACUCGAUGAACUUCCAAUCCUCCUAA